AUGGAACGAAGAAGUUUUGAAAUUUGGAAAAUGAUAGGUAAAAUAGAGUUAAAAGUUACCAUAAGAGCUCUGUGUAUCAUUCGAAACAAAACAAUGAUAAAAACUCCCAUAUGUUCUACCAGAUAUUUUGAAGCUCUAGUAGAACAGAGCUGCUUGAUCAGAAAUUUUGAAGCUCCAAGUAAAAGACAGAGCUGCUCUACCAGAAAGUUUUUAGCUCCAAUAAGGCAGAGAUGCAUUGAUAAACAUUGUGGAGUUACAACAGGGCAGAGCUCCCAUACCAGACAUUUUCGAGAUUUAACAGGAAAGAGCUGCUCUACAAAACAUUGUAGAGCUCCAACAGAACAGAGCUGUUCUACCAAACAUUAUAGAGCUCCAACAGAGCAGAGCUGUUCUACCAAACAUAGAGUUCCAACAGAACAGAGCUGUUCUACCAAACAUUAUAGAGUUCCAACAGAACAGAGCUGUUCUACCAAACAUUAUAGAGCCUCAACAGAACAGAGCUGUUCUACCAAACAUUAUAGAGCUCAAACAGAACAAAGCUGUUCUACCAAACAUUAUAUCGCUCCAACAGAACAGAGCUGUUCUACCAUACAUUAUAGAGCUCCUACAGAACAGGGCUGUUCUACCAAACAUUGUGCUUUACCAGGCACUGUGGAGCUCUGA